UUUAUCAGUUCUAUCUCUCUCUCUCUCUCUCUUUCUCUCUCCUCAAUCAUCAUUACGGUUUUCUCGCUCCGCUCUCUCCUCCAGCUAUGCUAUACUCUCUACAAUAAUUUCAGUACAGAAGUCUAUUCUCGUUUAGGGCACAAAACUGUUUGUCAGAUAGUAACAUAGAGGCGUGCGAUAGUUUUCGAGAUCAGCUGAACUUCAGCUUUGCAGAAGAAAUUGGAAAUGGUCAAAAGGCAUGGAGUAUUUUGAUACCAAGUUAAUACCAUGUCUCAGUGUUUAGACGGGAUUAAGAAUUUGUGUGCUCCCUUCUUCAGAUGUUGUGAUCUAGAUUUGUAUCGAGCAUCUAGAGAUCUCGAGGAUCCUGAAAUUUUGGCGAGGGAGACUGUGUUUAGUGUGAGUGAAAUUGAGGCACUUUAUGAGCUGUUUAAAAAGAUUAGUAGUGCUGUGAUUGAUGAUGGAUUGAUUAACAAGGAAGAGUUUCAGUUGGCCUUGUUUAAGACAAACAAGAAAGAGAGCCUCUUUGCUGAUCGGGUAUUCGACUUAUUUGACACAAAACAUAAUGGGAUACUGGGGUUUGAAGAGUUUGCUAGAGCACUUUCAGUGUUUCACCCAAAUGCCCCUAUUGAAGAUAAGAUUGAUUUUUCUUUCCAACUGUAUGAUCUCAAGCAGCAAGGCUUCAUUGAGAGGCAAGAGGUGAAGCAAAUGGUAGUCGCAACACUAGCUGAAUCUGGUAUGAACCUGUCUGAUGAUGUCAUUGAGAGCAUUAUUGAUAAGGGACAUAACAACAACAUUUCCAAGCUUUGUGUUCCACUCGAGGGUAGAAGAUACCUGAAUUUUGGAGGUCCGUCCAGUUUCUCUUUCUUUUGUUAUUUGUUUGUUUGUUUGUUUUGUCUUCUUGGAGAGGAUGUUGAGACCGCAUAUCCCAUAUUGUUUUCGUUUAAAAUGGCUGUGAAUUUGUUGGUGGUGAAUUGCAGUGUAAUUAGGCAGUAUAUUCAUUCAAUGGUUGCCAAAUUUGUUGUGUUUUUUUCUGUACUUGAUAUUAUUUGCAUACUCUGUUGGAAUUGUUAUAUUUGUAUUAGAUGUGCAAGUGAAGAAUAUUUUUUUUAAAA